GAGAGAGAGAGAGGUUCACUGAUAAGCGUGGGGGAGAGAGGAGACUACAGGCAGAGAGACGUUCACGGGCACCGGGAAAGAGCCAGAGAGAGAGGGCGGUAGCCUCGAACAGCCUGCUCCGGUAGUCGGUGGGUCGCAUCGGCGGAGCGUCUGCUCGGGAUUACAACGAGGGAGGAAGAAGAACACGUGCCUCGGAUAUAAAAGUCCAUCACGAGCGGGAUUCAAACCCUCAACCGGCCGCCAUGAGCCGCGCUGCGUCCGCCUGAAGGACACCGAGCACGCCGCCGCUAGCCCGUGAUUGAUCUCCGCUUUUCCACCAAAAAUGGCGAACGAGUCUCCGGCCAAAAGUCUGGUGGACAUCGACCUGGCAUCCCUGAGGGAUCCUGCAGGAAUAUUCGAGUUGGUGGAAGUGGUCGGAAAUGGAACCUAUGGACAAGUCUACAAGGGCCGACAUGUCAAGACGGGACAGCUGGCCGCCAUCAAGGUCAUGGACGUCACAGAGGAUGAAGAGGAGGAGAUUAAGCUGGAGAUUAACAUGCUGAAGAAGUACUCCCACCACAGAAACAUAGCCACCUACUACGGGGCCUUCAUCAAGAAGAGUCCUCCGGGUCACGACGACCAGUUGUGGCUGGUGAUGGAGUUCUGCGGCGCCGGCUCCAUCACGGAUCUGGUGAAGAACACCAAAGGCAACACUCUGAAGGAGGACUGGAUCGCCUACAUCUCCAGAGAGAUCCUCCGGGGGUUGGCCCACCUGCACGCUCACCACGUCAUCCACCGAGACAUCAAGGGGCAGAACGUGCUGCUGACGGAGAACGCCGAGGUCAAACUGGUGGACUUUGGCGUGAGCGCUCAGCUGGACCGGACCGUGGGCCGGAGGAACACCUUCAUCGGGACGCCCUACUGGAUGGCUCCGGAGGUCAUCGCUUGUGACGAGAACCCGGACGCCACAUACGACUACAGGAGCGACCUGUGGUCCUGUGGCAUCACGGCCAUCGAGAUGGCCGAGGGAGCGCCCCCGCUAUGCGACAUGCACCCGAUGAGAGCGCUCUUCCUCAUCCCCAGGAACCCUCCUCCUCGCCUCAAGUCCAAGAAAUGGUCCAAGAAGUUCUUCAGCUUCAUCGAGGGCUGCCUGGUGAAGAAUUACACCCAGCGCCCCCCCACCGAGCAGCUGCUGAAGCACCCGUACAUCCGGGACCAGCCCAACGAGAGGCAGGUCCGCAUCCAGCUCAAAGACCACAUCGACCGGACCAAGAAGAAGAGGGGCGAGAAGGACGAGACGGAGUACGAGUACAGUGGCAGUGAAGAAGAGGAGGAAGAGGCCUCUGAGCAGGAAGGAGAGCCAAGCUCCAUCGUCAACGUUCCGGGCGAGUCGACCCUGCGCCGCGACUUCAUCCGUCUGCAGCAGGAGAACAAGGAGCGCUCGGAGGCGCUUCGCCGCCAGCAGCUCCUGCAGGAGCAGCAGCUCCGCGAGCAGGAGGAGUACAAGCGCCAACUACUGGCCGAGAGGCAGAAGCGCAUCGAGCAGCAGAAGGAGCAGAGGAGGCGGCUGGAGGAGCAACAACGGCGUGAGCGUGAGAUGCGGCGGCAGCAGGAGCGCGAGCAGCGGCGCCGCGAGCAGGAGGAGAAGAGGCGCCUGGAGGAGGUGGAGCGGCGGCGCAAGGAGGAGGACGAGAAGAGGAGGUCGGAGGACGAGAAGAGGAGGGCCGACCGCGAGCAGGAGUACAUCCGCCGUCAGCUGGAGGAGGAGCAGAGGCACCUGGAGCUCCUGCAGCAGCAGCUGCUCCACGAACAGGCCAUGCUGCUGGCGGACGACCGUUACCGGAAGAACAUCCAGGGUUCCCCUCAGGUGCCGGCUCCGCCGAAACCGCAGCAGCCGCCGGUGCCGCCGCGCUCCGAGUCGACCCACCCCACCGGGAACUCUGCACCCGAGGUGCCCGCCGUACUCCGGCCCAUGGAACCACAGGUUCCUGUAAGGACUACAUCAAGGUCCCCGGUGUUGUCAAGGCGAGACUCGCCUCACCACCACGGCAACGCCUCACACGGCGGCCAUGCCGUGCACCGCCCAGUUGCCAGUGCGGCGGAGCCUCGGCUGCUGUGGGAGCGAGUGGAGAAACUGGUUCCCAGGCCGACCAGUAACAGCGGCAGCGGAGGCUCCAGUUCCUCCAGCAGCUCCAGUAACUCCAGCUCUCAGCCCGGUUCUCACUGCGGCUCUGGGGAGAGAUUCAGGGCCCGCUCCUCGUCCAAAUCAGAGGGCUCGGCCCUCCAGCGGCCAGAGAAUGCUGGGAAAAAAGCCGAGGAGAGGCGGGACUUGGUCCGGCCAAACAGACCGGCGGACCUGACGGCGCUGGCUAAGGAGCUGCGGGCCGUGGACGAGGUCCGCCCCCCCAACAAGGUGACGGAUUAUUCGUCCUCCAGCGAUGACUCAGACUCCACUGACGAAGACGACGACGAAGAGGUCGACCAGGAGGCGGGCGAAGAGUCCACCUCUGGCCCGGAGGACUCCAGAGCCGUCUCCUCCAGGCUGAGUAACGGAGAGACGGAGUCGGUAAAAACCAUGAUCGUCCACGACGGCGGCGAGAGCGACGGCGGCUCGACGGUGUGCAAAGACGGCACGCUGAUCGUCAGACAGAGUGCAGGUGACAGCAGAAAGUAUCUGGGUCCGGGCCAAGCCCUGACCCCCCCAGGCCUGCUCGCGGGCUUUCCCCCGAGCCCCGGCCACCUCACCCCCAGCCCCCACCACCACCACCACCACCACAACCACCACCACCAUCACCCCACGCAGCACUCGGACAGAAACGGCUUUGCCGGCCGCAUCCACCACCUCCCAGACCUGAUCCAGCAGAGCCACCAUUCCUCCCCCCCCUCCUCCGCAUCCAACUCCCCUUCCUCCUCCAGCCUCGCCAGCCCCUCCAGCAUGUCCCCCCAGAGUCCCCUGGAAAAGCUCAGCCUCCUCAUCGAGAGCCAGUCUAGUAACAACAUGCAGAAACAUAAGUCCUCUUCCUCCUUCACGCCGUUCAUCGACCCACGCCUCCUCCAGGUGUCCACGUCCACCGGCAGCGCCCUCAACAACAUCGGCUACGGGAACGACGCCCGGCUGGCCGAGGCGCUGCGGGCCGACCCGUCUCGAAAGGGCUCCGUGGUCAACGUGAACCCGGUGAACACGCGCCCGCAGAGCGACACGCCGGAGAUCCGCAAGUACAAGAAGAGGUUCAACUCUGAGAUCCUGUGUGCUGCUCUCUGGGGUGUGAACCUGUUGGUGGGGACAGAGAGCGGUUUGAUGCUGUUGGACCGCAGCGGUCAGGGGAAGGUCUACCCUCUGAUCAGCCGACGGCGCUUCCAGCAGAUGGACGUCCUGGAGGGGCUCAAUGUCCUGGUGACUAUAUCAGGUAAGAAGAACAAGCUGCGUGUGUACUACCUGUCCUGGCUGAGGAACAAGAUCCUUCACAACGACCCCGAGGUGGAGAAGAAGCAGGGCUGGACCACCGUGGGCGACCUGGAGGGCUGCGUCCACUACAAUGUCGUGAAAUAUGAGAGGAUCAAGUUCUUGGUUCUGGCCCUGAAGAACUCGGUGGAGGUCUACGCCUGGGCACCAAAGCCCUACCACAAGUUCAUGGCCUUCAAGUCUUUCGGGGACCUGGUGCACAAGCCCCUGCUGGUGGACCUGACCGUGGAGGAGGGUCAGAGGUUAAAGGUCAUCUACGGCUCGAGCCUGGGCUUCCACGCCGUGGACGUGGACUCCGGGGCCGUCUACGACAUCUACCUGCCGUCACACAUCCAGACCCACAUCCAGUCUCACGCCAUCAUCAUCCUGCCCAACACCGACGGCAUCGAGCUGCUGGUGUGCUACGAGGACGAGGGCGUCUACGUCAACACGUACGGGCGGAUCACCAAGGACGUGGUGCUGCAGUGGGGGGAGAUGCCCACCUCAGUGGGUCCAUGUGUUGGUGGAGCUCUGAUCUACACUCCUCCCUGCAGCCUACAUCCGGUCCAACCAGAUCAUGGGUUGGGGAGAGAAGGCCAUCGAGAUCCGCUCGGUGGAGACCGGACACCUGGACGGGGUCUUCAUGCACAAGAGGGCCCAGAGACUCAAGUUCCUCUGUGAGAGGAACGACAAGGUGUUCUUCGCCUCCGUCCGGUCCGGGGGCUCCAGCCAGGUGUACUUCAUGACUCUGGGCCGAAGCAACCUGCUCAGCUGGUAGACGACCUUCCUCUUCCUCCUCUUCAUCCUCCACCCUUCGCUAACACUGGAUCGAUGUCACCGUCAGCCCUGGGACAAACAAGACAACAACAACAAAAAGAACAAAACCACCAACACGGUCUUUAAUUCUGGUCCCCCCCCCAAAUACCUGAAGGGAUGAUGUAUUAAUAUAUGAAUGAAAGAAAGAAAGAAAAUGUGAAGUUAAGACAAGGGGGGGCGGAUCAUGUCCGUCAGCUUGAGGUAGAACUGCUACCACUAUUAUUACGACUACCUGCAGAGCCCCCACCCCCCACUCUGUUGUAUUAAAACUACAGUAGUGUGUGUAAAUGUACGUCUGUUUGACCUGUGAGAGGGGGAGGCGGGGCAGGUAGUCUACUGGAAGUCUGAUUGGAUGGGACCCGACAGGUGGGUGUGUGUGUUGUUUCGACAGGUGCUUUAAAAAUACACAAAAGAAACAGGGUUGGGCUGAAAGAUGGAUUUCAGAAUAGUAUUUUUUGAAAUAUUACUAUUAUUAAGUGUAACAAUGUGGAGUAAAACAUGUCUUUUAGCUUUUUUAUUUUAAUUUUGUUUAAAGAUUUCCGCACACCCA